GGGCCAUGGAAAUGUGCAUGGGUCUGGGGUGUCCAUUGGGCUCCAGCAUCGGUCCGUGGCCUUGCUCUGUGCCAAUGGUGGGAUUGCCAAUUGGUGGGACUGACUGCUCAGCCACAACCCAUCUCCAGUGCUCCAUUCUCACCCGUCGUGCUGUCAAGCUGAACAAAUUCCAGUGUUAGUGGAGCUUGUAAUCAAUUAGGCACAAGGUGAAAAGGAUAAGAAAGAAAUACAAAAGGCAAUAGCUGAGUGUGAAGCAUCAGCAGGAAUUCAUUAAGGGCCAUGUGAUUGAUGGCUGCCCAGCAUGUCGUUUGUGUCUGAGCAAGCUGUGCCAGAGCCAUCCAUAGCAUACACUGCACACAUUAAAUUGGUUUUUAACCCCACAUCUAACUAUUUGCACAUCCAAGAAUGUUCACUACUUCUGUAAUAACCCAGCCGGUAUCACUGCUCUCACCCAUGUAGAGGUUUGUUUCAGUCUCAUGCCCCAAGAAUUUCUGACCUAAAAAUUCAGACUAAACUUGCUUUAUUCAGGUCUUUUAACUUCAUCCUUAUUUAGUUUACAUCAGCAAUUUUGUACAGCUGUCUGAGGAGUUGUGAACACCUCUCACAGUUUGCACUCAGCAAGCUUUUUUCUUCAAAUUUUUAAAGAAGGCAAAUGUGAAGUGCAUGAAUCAGACUCCAGAAAUGCUUCUCUAGUGCCUGCUGUGGCUCAGUGUGAUAGGGGAAACAGAAUUCUGGAGGAGAAAUCUGUCAUUAUGGCAGCAGGAGUAAUUUCUCAUUGAGACUUGCUAUUCAUAUGCUGCUUUUAUGCUUCCUAUUUCAGUCUCUAAAAGAGUCUGUGUAUUAUAUGGUGAACUAAAUGGCUUUUUAAUAAGCUUGUAACUACUGUCUCCCAAACUCUGUAAUUUAGACACUUAAGUGAAUAAUAGCACAUGAUGUAUAAUAGCAUGUUGCCUUCAGUUUUUCAUACUCUAAUAGAGGGCAAUGAUGCACAAAUGUAUAGUUAAUUAGGUCUUAAUUUUCAGUUCUUUGCAGUCCACUUUGUACAGAUAUCUUUAUUUGUAUUGCAGUGCAGUUGAAUCACUGGAAUAAUCUGAGCAGUUAGACUAUCCAAUUAUGAUUGCAGUGAGGUUAAUAAAUGAAACUCCUCCUCCAGGCUUCGGUUUUGUUUUGAUUAAGGCAUACAAGCACAGCAGGGAAGAGCUCUCUGUUUUUAACUUAUCCUUGAAAUUGGUUUAGUAUAUGAAGGUACACCUAAUAAAUCUCUGAUGGAUGCUAGUUUCCAAACAUGGCGUGUAUCUGAAUGGGAGUGCUGGCUUCUAGCACCUGCCCAAGACAGUUGUGUAAGGUCACCCUGUUGUAACGGAGAGAAGAAACUGCAUUUGCUUCUGGACAGGACUAACCUGGCACCUCAGUGCAGAUGGAUCUGCCAGUGUCUUGGAUCCUUAUGGUGGAUGGGAUUUCAUGUUCUCAUUUUUAGUGCUUUUCUUCAUUCUUCCUUUUUUCUUUUUUCCCUCUCCCAAGAUGCUUCUGCAGUGAAAUAUUAAAUAGAUGUCAGGUACCUCCUUUCUCACUGAUGUCCCAUUUGGUUUCCCAUUGCCCAGCUUCUUGCAGGCAUAGCCUUUCAUUACACCUGAUGGGUAGAUUUUCUGCUCGGACUGUAUAUUGUGCUUUCAUAUCCUCAUUUUACAAGUGCCUGCUCUUUGUUUUUCAUUCUGUACAAGUCCACUGGCACCUGCAUCCUGAGGACGGGCCUUGGGCUGUUCUGGAAGAGUUGAAAUUGAGCUGAAAGGAUUACUGUUUUCAUCAGCAGUCCAUUCAUCUUAGAUUUAUAUGACGAGCAACUCCAUUUUAUGUUUGAGUACAGAUAGCUGUUUUUAGAGAAUUGAUCUUUUUACACACAAACUGUUCCUGUCAAAUCUUUAUUUUGCUCUAAUCUAAGUUUAAGUGGCCUCUGAUAGACCUGGGGAACACUUAGAACUGGACAAGCCAUCUUUUUCUACAAGCUGUUGUCUAAAGAGUUCCUAUGUUAGGGAGCAAAAUGUCAUGCAGCCCAGAGGUGAAUGUGGAGAGGAGCAGCUGGCAGUGGAGCUGAUGAGCUUUGAGAGGAAACAGUGGAGGAUUUCCAGUUGCAUCUUCUACAAGGUAUUUUAUAUGUGCACACAGUAUUAUUGUUGGCAUUGCACUUCUCUAGCGUCUGUACUGAAAUAAUUACUGGUGAAUUAUUUAUUGAUUGGUAUUAUAUCCCUCCCUAUGAAUUGUCUUCAUAUUUUGGUGAAUAAUUGAGGGUUUUUUUCUAAGUAUGGAGUGGCUUUUAUCAUGUUAAGUGCUUAAUCUCAGUGGAAUUGGUGUCAGGAAAGAGAGGGAACCUGGUUGUCAUCUUUUUGUUGGCAAAGAGGUGAUGUCUGGGUUUUUAGUAGUGAAAAAAUAUGGGUAGGACCACACUUUUCCCAAGCCAAUGUCUCAAACCAGAGGGGCAUUUAAAAGGAGAUCCUGUGAAGACGGUGGGAUGUUGAUGACCUGGAAGGAGUUACACACUGGAGAAGAAAGCAGCCUGAAAAUGCAGUGGCUUGGACAGCAGUACUGGUUCUCUUGUAGGUUAAAGGAGCAGAUAUUUGGACUUGUCAUGAACAUUAAUACUCUAUAAGGAAAAGUAAGAAUUUUCUUUAGUGGUUCCUUUGGGUAGAAAAAGGAAUGUUUUGAGGAGGCUGCUUCUGAGCCUUGCUUUAGUCAGCUGCUGUCAUGGGCUCCUAGAAAGGAGACUUCUGUGGGUCCAGGUUCCAGGUGACUCUGUGUGUCCAACAGGUCUCAGCAACUGCAAGGUUCCUAUCUCAGAAAGCUGGAGGCUUCAUGACCUUAGUGGUCUGCUUGGUGAAACACAAAGAUACAAAGUUCACGUGAGAAAUGUAACAAAUCUUGAUGGUUUCAGCAAACCUUGGCCUACAGAGAGAACUUUGUUUUUCCGUUUUGAGAGUUGGUAAUGUUUUCUUUAAUUACGAAAGGCAGAAAAAGGCAUGAAGUUUUUUAUUUUUCUUCAGUUGGAAAGAAAUUCUUAUGGACUCCUCCCAGAGAGCAGUGAAGUGCUUUAAUCCAUGGGGUCUUGAUUUAUCUAAGCUUCAAGCCAGGACAUUAGUUCUCUGAGAAAACAGAUCUUUGCCCACACAUGGCUCUAAAUAUAUACUUCCUGAGGUGAAAGGGUUGAGAUGUUUUUAGCAGGACGUGCAGUACUCAGAGAAUUAGUAAGGAAAUCAUACAUUCCCAAAUGCUUAAUAUCCAAUUUUCAAAACAAUUUAAGCUUCUAGUGAUCUAUGUAGAGCAUUCUGUUGUGUCCCCUGUGGAAUAACGAAAGGAGGAGGAGAACUCUGAGGUUUGAGUAGGUGGUCUGUCAGAUCUUCAGACAGGAAAUGUACCAAAAUGUCAUAAAAGUCCAAAUUCUAGAGCUAUGUAAGAGGCAAGUCUAUGAUCAGGCAGCAUUCAGUGUUAACAGUUUCUCUAUGCAGCUCUUGGGUGCUGUUUACAUGGCGCUGCCUUCCCACACGCAUGGGUUUUGGAGGUUCUGGUAGGCUGUGCUGUACAUGAACACUAACUCACAGAUGAUCCCUAAACGAAAGCUUGCAUUUUAAGUAUCUGAUUGUGGCUAUAUGGCUAUUUUUCUGGGUCCAUUCCUAGAGCUAGACCUAUUUCUUGUUUCUGAAACCAGAAUGGGUUUAGUAGCAUCUUUUGGAGUGGCUGCACACCAGGUUACUCUAUGUGAGUCUGCCACAUUGUCUUUUAGAAGGCAUUUAUUAGAAUUUCAUUGUUCAUGUCAGUUCUGUUCAUGCAGGAGUGUGGAACUUGUGGUUCUGCUUUCUUUUGUGUGGUAGAUUUUGUUUGUUUGUUUGUUUUAAAACCACGGCUGCGUAUUUGAGCAUUGAUUUUUAUUUUUUUAUUUUUUUUUGCUGAGCCAUUCCAAGUCCCUUUCUAGAAUUUAUGGUUUAAUUAAAAACCCUGUGAGGUUUUAUAACUAAUGUAAAAGUUAGCAUUUUGUGUGUGUUAAUUUACAUUUGUUAAUACUGAAUUUCAUUGAUGUUAUAUUCCUGGUCCAUCCAUAUCACUUAAUUCUCCGAGAACUCCUGGCAGUCCUGUCAGAUACUGCUUUACAUCAACGUGUCAUCUGCUGAUGUUUCUACCCUUCAUCUCUACCGCCUUGCAGCCUUGCUUUCAGUUCACUGAUCUGUGAAAUAUUCUGUAGCACAGGGGCUGCUGCUAAACUCAGCUACCAUGCAUAUUAAGCCCUUAUUUUUCUCACCUUUGCUCAUCUCCUGUGUGUGUAUCCCUCUACCCGUUCAUCCCCUGGGAAGGCACACAUGGCGGUCCUUGUUUCCAUCCCCUCUUGACUGAGUAGGCAGCACAGAGUGUGCCUUGUUCAAAAUGCUUCAGGAAAUACCGAAUGUCACAGCCACGAUAAAAAAUGGUUUGUGCGCUGUGGCUCACCAGAGUUAUUAGAUGUGGUGAUCAGAAAAGUUUGGGCUCAUGUUACAGUUCUUGGUGGUACUCAGAGCAAUCCAGUUCCUUUGGGUUCUUUUGUGAAUUUAAUUCAUUUUGUAAAAUACAUCUGCACUGAUAAUCAUAGAAGUAGUGCGGUAGCUCCAAGAAUGAAGGCAGGGUCUUGCCUUGGUGACAAGAAUUAGGGGGAAAAAAAGAUAUUUUAACUAAAAUUAAGUUGUCUUUUUCUUUUGUUUGGCCAGUACUUGUCAAUUGCUCUAGAAGCACUGAAAGCUUGUGUGUGUUCCAAUCUCAUUUCAAGACUUUCUUCUUCCUUUUCCUUCCUUACUGGACUUCAUGCCAAGAAAUACACCAACUCUGAUGACUCAGACAUGAGAACUCUAUUUCCCUUCAUUUUUAGUUCACCUCUCCUAUACAUGUGCAUAUCCUAUUAACUUUUUUUUUUAAAGCCACUGUUUGGAGUUAACACUGGACAGUAAAGAUGAAGGUGUGCAGUCCAUUCCAUGGUGUGGAGCACGGCCUUGAUGUGCUGCUGAUUGCCAUCCCCUGGUCCAAAACUGAUGGGUAGGGCUUCAGUAGUUUUAGUUAGAUGAUCAAAAAGUAUAUGCUUUAAAAUACAGCUUUCUGAGCAUUUCUGUGCAUUGUAGUUAAACUCUUGAGUGCAGAGGGCAUAGUUCAAUAUUAAAUUUUAAUGAUCAACAAUGGCAUUUUUAACUCAAAAUGUACAGUCCCUAUCCUGAGGAACCGAGGCUCUGUGGUUUUAUUAAAUAUAACAUCAGAGCAGAAUCCAUAAAUGUGAUGAACUUGAUGUUAGUAUGGCAAAAGUCUGAUUUGAUAAAAGCACCAUUUGCAUGUUGCUCUGAUUUUGGUGUGUACAAACCUUAAUCUUUAAAGGUUUGUAACUGUUCUCUGUUCAAAUGUUAAUAGAAAAUUUGGGGUAGCUUCCAACAAUAAAAUCAAACUGGCUAGCUUUCCUGUGAGACUUCCUGUGUUUCCUGCUUCUGUUCUGGCUUAAAGUUGAUGGUGUUAAAAAAACCACCCUUUCUUGUAUUGUUUCCACUUUUGUUUUUAGCCAAAAUGCAAAGGCAGGGAAGCAUGGCAGCAGGUAAAAAUAAAAAUAAAAAUAAAAUAGCACCACCAUAAAACAAGAAACUGCCUAUUCUUCCACAUUUAAACAUCUCAGCACUUACAUGUGCAGAGAAAAGGCUGAGUUUGGAAGAGAAAGGAAGUAGUCAAAAGAAGACAUUCUCUGUAAAAAAAGGUCUUGACUUGAGGAACAACUGGAAGAGUAGCCCAGCUAAUGGCACAUGUGUUACUUCAGGGAAGUUCAUCAAGCAGCAUGUGAGCACGCUGCUGAGAUCAAAUGGUGAUUGAGUGUUAAUCAAUAAUUCCAUUCAUGUGGGUCCAGUAUUUUCCAGCUCUUGAUUUGUUUCUGUAUAUAGUAUUCGAAUUGGACCCAUUAUUUCUGUUGCUGUCCAAGAUAUUAGCCACUUUCUUCUUAAUUUAAUUCGUCUUUUCUUUGGACAGUCAAUGUCAAUUGCUUUAGAAGCAUUGAAAAUGUGAUGCAUUGCAUGAAAUUGAUUCCGGCUUUUAUUUGUGAUCUUCCGCAUACAGUUGAGUGUUGUUCACUCAGGGCAGUUCUUUCUUUCCUUUGCAGUGCUUGAAAAUCUCGCCACAUCACAUACUUAGCAUUAGGUGAUGAGUUGCAGUGUAGGUGGAGGUGUGGAGAUGUCUGGAAAAAGAACAGCACUUCAAUUUUUAUUAUAACAGUGUAUGCUGAAUGAGAGGAAGUCCUGCAAGCAGACUCACUAAAGGAAAUGCUUCAUUUUAUGAAGCUGGUACGCUGAAGGAAGAAUUAGGGUUCUACAGAUUUUACUUUCUAAACCAGUACCCAGCACCUACCUGACUAAAACACUUCAGGGCAGGAUUGCACGUGCUGCUUGAGAGCACUUUGUCUUGUUCAGAUAACUGUUGCUGGAAUUUUCCUGCAUUGCACAGCCCACCCACUCUCUAUUAUUGUGGGAGGAUUAUCAGCAUUGCACACAACUGUGCGAUGGAUGCAGAGAAGGUCAGAGCUGGUUUCAUGUCAUUGAGUUCAGGCUAGAAGCACUGUGCUGCAGAUUGGGUGGCUCCAAGCAGCCCUAGCAGUCUGGGCCAGCGCUACACUGGAGGUGUAUUUCUGUGCUCCAGAAUCAGCAUCAGUGUGAAGAAAAGGCUUUAUAGGUUAAAAAAAAAAGAGAGAGAGAGAGAAGGAAAAAUCACUUGUCAAGGCUUUCAGUCCUUACUAUUUUUACUUUAUAUGUCAAAAAAAGUUGUAGUAUAUGUAAACAACAACAUUUUGACUCUAGUAUGUUAUAGCACUGUACCUGAAGGUAUUUAAGCCUUACUGUUUUAUAAAUUUUGAGUUUCAAUGGGGUAAACCUGCUGAUAUAGUCAUCAAAUUUAGGUUAACGUGAGGAGGAAGCUGUCUCCUGAACAGAAAUACAAACAGAAUUAUAUGCAAGAUGUUAGGAAGCAAUGUGUUCUCUGUUACAGUUUCAGAGAUCUUCAAUGAAAGACAGGAUUUUGUUUUUUUGCAGGCUCUGAGGAAUGCGUUCCCAUAUAGGUGGGGUACCUUUUUGAAUGCUUCUAACAGCUUAAUCAGUGUAUAAACAAAACCACCCCAAAGGCUGCUUUGUUAGUGGAACAACUGUGCUUCUGUGGUAUGUGUUUCUGGCUGACUCCAGGUAGGGGUUUUCUGGAGGCCUUUUGCAUUUUUUGUGGUAACCCGAUGAACAAAAUAUUCAGACAGCACACCCAUGCUGUGUUCCCAGCUCUUCAGUUUUGUCAGCGAUAGGCAGUCUAGAAGAAAGUAUGUUACUACCUUUCUUCCAGAUAUGUCUUUGACGUGUGUUUUUAUGCUCUGCAGUUUCUAAUGUAAAGGAAAAUAAUUGCAGCGUGCUCUUAAAGCAUUACUCAACAGCAGUGUAAACCGGAGUAUGCUGACAUUUGUGGUGGUGAUGCCUUUUAGGCAAGCUGCUAGAUUUGGGCUGCAGUGUUAGCAGUGUGGGUUGCUGCCUAAUUGGACGCCUGUGCUAGAAGCAACUGGAUGUGUUUUGUGAUUCCUGGAGAAGCAAAACGUUCAGUUCCCUGGGGUGAAUUUCCUCUGAUUAGCUGUCAGACUCUUCACUUUCAAAAGCUGGUUCUUAUCUGAUAGUACAAAACAGUCUGACUCGUCAGGUUGGUGCUGAGAAAGAAGCAAGGAAGCCCCUGUUCCUGCUUGUACCUUGAAGAAGCUGGGCACCUAAGCUUUCUUCCUUUCUUCAUUGUGACCUGAGAGAGUGGCGGUGCCGAGGACUCGGUGUUCCAGUACAGACUUUCCACUGGUGAGCUGGAGAGACUGAGCAUUUCGAUCUGCGCUGGGAGCAGCUGACAGCGCGCGGGGAUGUGCUGACGGCAUUAUGGGCAGGCGUUACCCAGGGGCUCACUAUCGGCCAAGCAGCUCAUUCGAUUCCGGUGUGGACGCGCUGGCGGUGUUUAUGGCAAGCAGCAGCACGACGGACGUGGUGAAUCGCAACGGCCCCGCCACGCCGCCCAACACCCUCAGCCUGCGCUCCUCUCACAACGAGCUGCUGAACGCUGAGAUCCGGCACACCGAGACCAAGAACAGCACUCCUCCAAAAUGCAGGAAGAAGUACGCGCUGACUAACAUUCAGACAGCCAUGGGCCUCUCAGACCCGGCAGCACAGCCCCUUCUGGGGAGCAGCUCUGCCAAUAUGAAGCUGGUGAAGAACGGAGAAAACCAGCUGAGGAAAGCUGCCGAGCAGGGCCAGCAGGAUCCCAACAAGAACCUCAGCACCACGGCCGGCGUCAGUGUGACUUCUGAGAAGUUUGAAGGCAAAGAGCCGAUCCCGCAGGACUCCUCCAGCUGUGAAAUAUUGCCCUCACAGCCCAGGAGGACCAAGAGCUUCCUGAAUUACUAUGCAGACCUGGAGACGUCUGCCAGAGAGCUGGAGCAGAGCUUUGCUGUGAUGGAAGAUAAAUCUGCACAAAGCAACAGCCAGGCUUCCACCAUUAUUGUCAAUGGGGAAGUCCAGCCCCGGAAGCAAAACAAGCAGUCAAGCCCAGAGGAUGGCCAAACUGCCACGGUGUCCUCGAGCCCUGAGACUAAGAAGGACCAUCCCAAAACGGGGGCCAAAACAGACUGCGCUCUACACAGGAUUCAGAACCUGGCUCCAAGUGAUGAGGACUCCAGCUGGACUACACUGUCCCAGGACAGCGCUUCACCGAGCUCUCCUGACGAAACAGCAGAUAUAUGGAGUGAUCAGUCAUUUCAGACAGACCCAGAUUUACCACCUGGAUGGAAAAAAAUCAAUGACAUUGCUGGAAUCUACUACUGGCACAUACCUACGGGAACAACUCAGUGGCAACGUCCCGUGUCUGUUCCAACAGAUCUUCAGGGCUCAAGGAAAGGAUCACUUGGUUCCAUUACUCCAUCUCCCACUCCAGAAACUGAGAAACAGCCAUGGAGUGAUUUUGCUGUACUGAAUGGGGGAAAGAUUAAUAGUGACAUUUGGAAGGACCUGCAUGCAGCCACUGUGAACCCAGACCCGAGUCUGAAAGAGUUUGAAGGAGCAACAUUGCGCUAUGCCUCCUUGAAGCUCAGAAAUGCUCCACAAUCUGAUGAUGAUGAUUCCUGUAGCAUCAACAGUGAUCCAGAAGCCAAGUGCUUUGCUGUGCGCUCUCUGGGCUGGGUAGAAAUGGCAGAAGAAGAUCUUGCUCCUGGAAAAAGUAGUGUUGCUGUGAACAAUUGCAUCAGACAACUCUCCUACUGUAAAAAUGACAUCAGAGACACCGUUGGCAUUUGGGGAGAGUUGCAGGGCAAAGACAUGUACCUGAUACUGGAAAAUGACAUGCUGAACCUGAUCGACCCCAUGGAUCGUACAGUUCUUCAUUCACAGCCCAUAGUGAGCAUCAGAGUCUGGGGAGUGGGUCGUGACAAUGGCCGAGAGAGAGACUUUGCGUAUGUGGCAAGAGACAAAGACACCAGAAUUCUGAAAUGUCAUGUGUUUCGAUGUGACACGCCAGCAAAAGCCAUCGCCACAAGUUUACACGAAAUCUGCUCAAAGAUUAUGGCUGAACGGAAGAAUGCUAAAGCUAUGGCUUGCAGUUCAAUGCAGGAGAGGACAAACGUCACCCUUGAUGUUCCUCUGCAAGUAGAUUUCCCAACACCAAAGACAGAACUGGUGCAGAAGUUUCACGUCCAGUACCUGGGAAUGCUACCUGUAGCUAAACCUGUGGGAAUGGAUACUCUGAACAGCGCUAUUGAAAGUCUGAUGGCUUCCUCUAGCAAGGAGGACUGGAUGCCAGUUACCAUGAAUGUUGCUGACGCUACUGUCACAGUCAUCAGUGAAAGAAAUGAAGAGGAAAUCAUGGUGGAAUGUCGUGUGCGGUUUCUGUCCUUCAUGGGAGUAGGCAAGGAUGUUCAUACAUUUGCCUUCAUUAUGGAUACAGGAAACCAGCAUUUUGAGUGCCACGUGUUUUGGUGUGAACCAAAUGCAGGCAAUGUGUCAGAAGCUGUUCAGGCUGCGUGUAUGUUACGGUAUCAGAAGUGCUUAGUGGCCAGGCCUCCUUCACAGAAAGUUCGGCCUCCCCCACCACCUGCAGAUUCGGUGACCAGGAGAGUCACAACCAACGUAAAGAGAGGAGUGCUGUCCCUCAUUGACACUUUGAAACAGAAACGCCCAGUCACCGACAUGCCGUAGCUGUAUAAGAAGAUUCUCCUAACAUUUAACUGCAGAUAACAGUAGCUACACUAAGGAAAAUGAACUGGUGAUGUUUGGCCUUCCAAUCCAAAUUGCUGCUGCUUUGUCCUAAGAGAAUUUAUCCGUAUCAAAGCAAUGCUAGACAAGCAUGUUAUCUCGUUCUUGCCAUCAUUGUUUGAUAUGAAAAGAAGCAUGAAUAAUUUUUUUCCUGUCAGUGAGUUACAUCAUGAGCAAUGGAAGGUCUUUUUGAUUGUAAAUACGUGAACAUUACCUGAACUCACACAAAGAAAGAAUAUGGCCACAUCCUUCCCAGUGAACUCAUGCUAAAGUCCUUGGAGUGAAUGACGCCUGAGUUGAUGGUUUCACUGUCUUGAGCUGGAUUUGUCACAAACCAAUCUUAAUUCCUACAGCACUUUGGUUCUCAACACUGGAGUAGAUACCAAGGAUCAGCUACCGUUGAAUUACUGCAGAUUAAAUACCAAGUUUUAUUUUUUACAGAACUAACCUGUUAAUUUUAAAUUGUUGGUCAGCGUUGGUCUGCCUGACAUUCAUGUGAAUCGUUGUCAUUUGAUCUCUGUUUGUACAUUACAGUUGUAGACAGGAAUUGUUUGAUACCAAACCAAUGCUGAAAAAAUCCAGGAGUGUUUUCAGUAAUUGAGUACAGGGUGAUCCACUGAAGCUUUUCAUCUUUAAACAUACAGAUCACAUGCUGGAUGUUAAGUAUGUCAUCCCAAAUUGUCAUUAAUUCAUCAGAAAUACUGCUUGUUCUACACAGGGCUCAUACUGAUCAGGAAAGAGUUAGUCAGUAGUUUUACUGUCUUAAAACUCUCACAAAAGCAAAAAUGCUGUAGAUGUUUUCUAUAUGAGUGUUUGAUCAAAUGUUCAAUUCAGUGUCGGGUUGCACUACUCCCCCUCUGAGUUUGCUGCUAAAUACUUAGCACGCCACAAAAAGAACAAUCAUGUUUCUGACUAUUUACUAAAUUCAGUGGAAAUUCUUUUAAUGGUCUGUGACAAAAUCAUGAGAGUUGUUUUCUAACAGGAUGGAGCUUCAAGUGGGACAACUUCAUUUCAAUGCUUUUGCUCCAAAGGUCUCCUGUAACAGCCUUGAUCCACACAACUGCAGGUUCUGACAAAGACAGCACAGUAACGCCCCUUCAAAAUUGUGUCUUGUGCUGAUCUUCAGAUGCAGCUGAGCAUCUUUUUCCCUUUGCCAUCUUCUGUUUAGACCUACAGGUUGGUACAAAUUUUGGAAAUGGAACAUAAAAGAUAUUUUUAACUAAUGUUAAAAAUGUUUUGCCUGCAUUUUUAUAUGUAUGUUCCAAACUGUAUCUGUCUCCCAGGUCUGCAAAUUUGGUCAUGCUGUAAUUUUAGAAGAACGUUGUCAACGUUGUUUUUACAAGAACCAUUUUUUUACUUUACUGUGCCAGAGAUUAUUAUAAACAAGAUUGUUAUGAACAAAUAAUGAUUUUUUUCUUAUUUUAAAAAGUCAACAGCAAUGCCUGGGCAAAACAUGUUGAGAAGGGGAAAGAGUGACGAUUCAAGAAAUGCCUGCAGUGGAAAUGUAGAACUAUUAAAACACAUUUAGCCUGAUGUAAUAGCAAGUGUAGGUGAAGGCUAGCCAUGCAGCUGUAGUAUUCUAAAUGGAGCUCUCUAGAAUACCCUCUAAGGAGCUGAUCCUCCACUAUGUUCAGGAAAUGUCUAGAUGUUGUCCUGAGGGAUAUGCUUUAGUGGGCAAUGUUGAUAGGUGGAUGGUUGGACUGGAUGAUCUUAGAGGUCUUUUCCAACCUUGGUGAUUCUAUGAUCUCUAAUCUCUGCAUAAUAGAGUUUCUGCACCCCGGGCACUGAAGCAAUUCUGUCCCACCCCACGUCUUAAAGUUCCAGAUGGAAACUCCAGGAUUUUUAUUUGUUCUACAACAAAGAAUUUUUAACAGUAAUAAUCAAGUUCAGUAGCGUUGUCUGCACAGUGCUGCUUUUCCCCAGGAGAGGAGCAGACCACGUUUAAACCAAACCCACCCUUGGGAAACAGCAGGUAAAGGUAAGAAGCCGUGUCAGGAGUCUUUACACAUCUGUGUCGCCAAGGCUCUGAACACAGAGUUUUCACUGGCAAAAAUGUGCAACUGCAGGAAGGGCUGAGGGAAAAGAGAGAGAAAGGUAUUUGAAAAGCUGUGGGUCCCCUGAAUUUCUUGUCUGUUACCAAAAUGCUGUUGAUUUUGCAGAUAUUUAAGUAGUUUGCUUAAUGGGCCAAAUAUAUUUGGCCUUCUGGCUGCAGUAGAACUCCUGAGUUUCUAAAGGGUUAAAUACACACCCAGGUGUUCUCAGAAUCAGCACCUAAAAUUGCAAAGCUCGUUGUCUCUUAUCAAACAACGUACCGAGGCACUCUUUAACCACGGCCAAAAUAUGUAUGUAUGGCCUACGCGUGUCCGAGUAACUACCGCUGUUUGAGUUGAUGUUAUAGCAACCCUUCGGUUAUCUAUGCAUUUUAUACAAUACCCAGCGACUCUGUAAGCGGGCAGCCAUGCAUUCACUAUGCCUUGUAUGUCUGAUGCCAUAUUUUAAAUUAACCUGUUAAAUACAGCUUAAAAUAUUUUUAUUUUAUUUAUUCUAUUUUUACUGAAAUAUCCUGCAUUAUUAUGUCGAUGUAUUGUCUUUACUGGACGUGAUCUUGUAACAUUCUCUACGCUGUAUACUAUAGUUUGCCUAAAAAAGGCAACUUUGUAAUUAUUUGUAGUCACAUUUUUAUUGAAGUCUGUAGAAAAAUCAUGUAAAGCGAAGCUAAUUUCUUAUUUUUUUCAAUGCAAGUAGUAAACUAGAGGUAAGUAUCACGUAUCACUCACGUCAUUAACGUGCUCCCUUGCAGAAGCAAGGAGAUCUAUGUUCACCAUCAAAAAUGAGAGAUAAAAGCCUUUCUUUUGAAA